GUAUCAUAUUCUUCAUUUCAAAGCUCAAAAACAUCUUUUGUAUCUUCAUUCUUGAUUAUAUCAAUAAUAUGAUUUCCGUAAAAAGAAGCAGAGAAGAUGAUAGGCAAGUGGAAGCAGAAGCCAUGGCUAACUGCGCCUUAAUGCUUUUGUCUCAUUUCAACCACAACAACACCACUUCACCAUCAUCAGAUCAUCAUCAUAUUAAUGAUUUUGAAUGUAAGACUUGCAAUAAACGCUUCCCGUCUUUUCAAGCCCUAGGUGGACACCGUGCAAGUCAUAAUAAACGGCCAAAAUUACUCGGAGAGUUUCUUGUUCAGACCAACAAAAAGAACAAGAUGCAUAAAUGCUCUAUUUGUGGUGUGGAGUUUUCUUUGGGUCAAGCAUUAGGUGGACACAUGAGACGUCACCGCGAUGAAAUUAAUAAAACGUCCAUGGUAAUACCAGUGUUGAAGAAGUCAAAUAGCAGCAAGAGGAUUUUUUGUUUGGAUUUAAACUUAACCCCUCGUGAUCAUGAUAAUGUUGAUUUCAAGUUAUGGCCGACGGCACCAAUUGCAUCUCCUGUUUUGAGAAUUUUUAUUUAAAUUCAUUGAUCAUUUGAUAUUCUUGUAAGAAUAGAAGAAGCUGUAGUUGAUUUGUUAAUUCUUUUAGGGUUAUUCAUUCAUUUUUCUUGUGUAUUU